CCCGCCCCCGGCCCCUCCAAGCCGGGCCGGGCUGCGCGGCCUGAAGCGCCCGCGAUGGCGAGCCCGCCGGAGCACGGGCCCCCCGGGCCGGCGGGCGGGGACGGCCCCAACCUCAAUAACAACAACAACAACAACAACCACAGCGUGCGCAAGUGCGGCUACCUGCGCAAGCAGAAGCACGGCCACAAGCGCUUCUUCGUGCUGCGCGGGCCCGGCGCGGGCGGCGACGAGGCGGGCGCGGGCGGAGGCCCGGCGCCGCAGCCGCCGCGGCUCGAGUACUACGAGAGCGAGAAGAAGUGGCGGAGCAAGGCGGGCGCCCCGAAGCGGGUCAUCGCGCUCGACUGCUGCCUGAACAUCAACAAGCGCGCCGACGCCAAGCACAAGUACCUGAUCGCCCUCUACACCAAGGACGAGUACUUCGCCGUGGCCGCCGAGAACGAGCAGGAGCAGGAGGGCUGGUACCGCGCGCUCACCGACCUGGUCAGCGAGGGCCGCGCGGGCGCCGGCGACGCGCCCCCCGCCGCCGCCGCCACCUCCGGGUCCUGCAGCGCCUCCCUGCCCGGCGCCCUGGGCGGCUCGGCGGGCGCCGCCGCGGCCGAUGACAGCUACGGGCUGGUGGCGCCCGCCACGGCCGCCUACCGCGAGGUGUGGCAGGUAAACCUGAAGCCCAAGGGCCUGGGCCAGAGCAAGAACCUGACGGGCGUGUACCGCCUGUGCCUGUCGGCGCGCACCAUCGGCUUCGUGAAGCUCAACUGCGAGCAGCCGUCGGUGACGCUGCAGCUCAUGAGCAUCCGCCGCUGCGGCCACUCGGACAGCUUCUUCUUCAUCGAGGUGGGCCGCUCGGCCGUGACGGGCCCCGGCGAGCUGUGGAUGCAGGCGGACGACUCGGUGGUGGCGCAGAACAUCCACGAGACCAUCCUGGAGGCCAUGAAGGCGCUCAAGGAGCUCUUCGAGUUCCGGCCGCGCAGCAAGAGCCAGUCGUCCGGCUCGUCGGCCACGCACCCCAUCAGCGUGCCUGGAGCGCGCCGCCACCACCACUUGGUCAACCUGCCCCCGAGCCAGACGGGACUGGUGCGCCGCUCGCGCACCGACAGCCUGGCUGCCACCCCGCCCGCCGCCAAGUGCAGCGCGUGCCGGGUGCGCACAGCCAGCGAGGGCGACGGCGGCGCCGCGGCGGGGGCGGGGGCGGGGGCGGGGGCCGGGGCGGCGGCGGGCAGCCCCCUGAGCCCGGGCCCGGUGCGCGCGCCCCUGAGCCGCUCGCACACGCUGAGCGGCGGCCGCGCGGGCAAGACGGCGCUGGCGCCGGCAGGGGGCGGCCUGCAGCACAGCCGCUCCAUGUCCAUGCCCGUGGCGCACUCGCCCCCGGCGGCUACCAGCCCCGGCAGCCUGUCGUCCAGCAGCGGGCACGGCUCGGGCUCCUACCCGCCGCCCCCCGGCCCGCACCCGCACCUGCAGCACCCCCUGCACCCCCAGCGCCCCUCCAGCGGCAGCGCCUCGGCCUCGGGCUCCCCCAGCGACCCCGGCUUCAUGUCCUUGGACGAGUAUGGCUCCAGCCCCGGGGACCUGAGGGUCUACUGCGGCCACCGGAGCAACACGCCCGAGUCCAUAGCUGAGACGCCCCCGGCGCGGGACGGCAGCGCGGGCGAGCUGUACGGCUACAUGACCAUGGAGCGGCCGCUGAGCCACUGCGGCGGCCGCGCCUACCGCAGGGUCUCCGGGGAUGGCGCCCCAGACUUGGACCGAGGGCUGAGAAAGCGGACUUACUCGCUGACCACGCCUGCCCGGCAGCGGCCCGCGCCCCAGCCGUCCUCCGCGUCCCUGGAUGAGUACACCUUGAUGCGGGCCACCUUCUCGGGCAGCUCCGGCCGCCUGUGCCCAUCCUGCCCCGCGUCUUCUCCCAAAGUGGCCUACCACCCGUACCCUGAGGACUACGGCGACAUCGAGAUCGGCUCGCACCGCAGCUCCAGCAGUAACCUGGGCACGGACGACGGCUACGUGCCCAUGACCCCAGGCGUGGCCCUCCUGGGGACGGGCAGCGGGAGCUGCAAGGGCGACGACUACAUGCCCAUGAGCCCCACCAGCGUGUCGGCCCCGAAGCAGAUCUUGCAGCCGCGCGCCGCACCCGCCGCCUUGCCCCCUGCGGGGGCCGCGGUGCCCACGCCCGCGUCGGCGGCCGGCAGGGCUUUCCCGGGCACUGCGGGCGGCUACAAGACCGGCUCCCCGGCCGAGAGCUCCCCCGAGGACAGCGGGUACAUGCGCAUGUGGUGUGGUUCCAAGCUGUCCAUGGAGAGCGCCGACGGCAAGCUGCUGCCCAACGGGGACUACCUCAACAUGUCCCCCAGCGACGCGGGCACCACGGGCACCCCGCCCGACUUCUUCUCGGCCGCGGGGGAGACGCCGCGGGGCAUGCCCGGCUACUGCUACAGCUCUCUGCCCCGCUCCUACAAGGCCCCCCACGCCUGCCACGGCGACAGCGACCAGUACGUGCUCAUGAGCUCGCCUGUGGGCCGGGUCCUGGAGGAGGAGCAGCUGGAGCCGGCCCCCGGCCCCGCGCAGCCGGCCAGUGCCUUCCCGGCCGCGGCGGCUGGCAGCGGCCACCCCCCGCCCCCUCAUCCCGCCGUGCCUUCUCCCGGGAGGCUCGGCGGUGGCGGAGGCAGCCGCCCCGACGGCUUCCUGGCCCAGCGCUGCCGGGCAGUGAGGCCCACGCGCCUGUCCCUGGAGGGGCUGCCGGCCCUGCCCCGCAUGCACGAGUACCCGCUGCCCCCCGAGCCCAGGAGUCCAGGCGAGUACAUCAACAUCGACUUCGGGGAGGCCGGCGCGCGCCUGUCGCCGCCCGCGCCCCCACUCCUGGCCUCGGCCGCCUCGUCGUCCUCGCUGUUGUCCGCCAGCAGCCCGGCCUCGUCCCUGGGCUCUGGCACCCCGGGCACGAGCGGGGACAGCCGGCAGCGCUCCCCGCUCUCCGACUACAUGAACCUCGACUUCAGCUCGCCUAAGUCGCCGCAGCCGGGCGCCCAGGGCCGGGACCCCGUAGGCUCCUUGGACGCCCUGUUGUCCCCCGAGGCCUCCGUGUACCCGCCGCUGCCCCCGCGCCCGGCCGCCCCCUCCUCGGCCCUGCAGCCGCCGCCGCCGCCGCCCCCGCCAGGCGAGCUGUACCGCCUGCCUGCGGCACCCGCCUCCAAGGGCCCGGGCGCGGCCUCCUCUUUGUCCUCGGACACGGGGGACAACGGUGACUACACCGAGAUGGCCUUUGGCGUGGCCGCCACCCCGCCACAACCAAUUGUGGCGCCCCCAAAGCCCGACGGUGCCCGCGUGAGCAGCCCGGUGUCAGGCCUCAAGAGGCUGAGCCUCAUGGAUCAGGUGUCGGGGGUCGAGGCCUUCCUGCAGGCCGGCCAGCCCCCAGACCCGCACCGGGGGGCCAAGGUCAUCCGCGCGGACCCGCAGGGGGGCCGCCGCCGCCACAGCUCCGAGACCUUCUCCUCGACCACCACUGUGACCCCCGUGUCCCCGUCCUUCGCUCACACCCCCAAGCGUCACAACUCGGCCUCGGUGGAGAACGUCUCUCUCAGGAAAGGCAGCGAAGGAGGCGGCGGCGGGGGCAGCAGCGGCAUCCUGGGUGGGUGCGAUGAGCCCCCCUCGUCGCCCCGCCAGUUGCCCCCCCCGACACCUCAGCAGGCGCGGGCCUGGACGCCGGCUCAGCCCGGCGGCGGCCUGGUCGGCUGUCCCGGGGGCACCAGCUCACCGAUGCGCCGGGAGACCUCCACCGGCUUCCAGAACGGCCUCAACUACAUCGCCAUCGACGUGAGGGACGAGCCGGGGCUGUCGCCGCCCCUGCAGCAGCACCCGCACGCGCAGACGGGCGACAGGAGCGCCUGGGGCCGCACCCGGAGCCUCGGGGGUCUCAUCAGCGCCGUGGGCGCCGGCAGCCCUGCCGCGGUGUGCGGAGGGCCGGGCCCUGGCGCCCUGCCCGCGGCCAACGCCUACGCCAGCAUCGACUUCUUGACGCAUCACCUGAAGGAGGCCACGGUGGUGAAAGAGUGAAGACCUGUCCAGCUUCAUUCCCGUGACGACACGCAUCACAGAAAACCAUGGGAGGAAGAUGCUCAGCGUUUUUUUUUUUUUUUUAAACACAUCGGAAGCUGCUUGCCAUUUCCUUUUGGAUCUGAGCGAUCGUCGCGUGUGGAUGCGCCUGUGACCCAGUUGGACGUGGACGCUGCCGUCUCCCCAGUCUCCAGGGGCUGGGGGUGCAGUCUUCCUCCUCGAGUUUGGUUUUCGACAACAUGAGCGGAAGGAGCAACUCACGAGAAGGUCGGACAGUCUUGGUUGUGGCCAGUGUCUGUUUCUCCUCGCCCUCGUUUUGACGCAGCAGAUGUAUCCCGCAGCAUGCUAGGAGAUUCUCCCAGCUCACAUUCAAGUGGUAAAAUCUGGUGUUUACGGACAUCCGCUCAAAACUACCACCGUCCUACCUCAGUCCCAGGUGAAGCCGGGUCGGCAUGGUUGGUGGGGGGAGUCCCCCUCUGCUGGCUGAGUCUCCAGCGCGGUCAUCUGCCUUAUCCCCCAGCCCCGGACACAGCUGCUCAUCGAAGUCCAGCCCAGGGACCCAUGUGUUUACUCCCACACAGAGCCCUGCGCGGGACUGACGUCUCUCCACGGAGAUGCAACUUCAGAUUGGACUCCGAAGAUGGAUGGAUAAAUAAUAAUUAUUAUAUGUAACGGAAGCAAGCUACUUUUGCAAAUCAUCAACUGUACGGGGUGGGGGAGGGUGGGAGGGGCAGGGUCUGGGAAGGCCGGGUGGGGGAUGGGGGUGAGUAUCUCUUUUUACCUUUAAGAGACUUGCUCAAGCUUCUCUCUGUAGAUGUUUAUGUAGGCACUUCAGAUUGCAGACACCUUUGAUCCUAUUGACAAGCUCAAACGUCUCUGCUGUCCUUAACCUUGAGCUUGCAUUUCUCUAACCAAAAAUUCACGUAGGCAUGCGAGCCGUUCCAAGAUGGGGGGUCACGGGUUUGGCAGGUCUCUUCUAAAAUGUAUUAUCUUGACGACAACGCACUCGUGUCGGGCCACGAGGCUUUCCCAAACGACGACAAAGACGCAGAAAAGAAAAAGGAGCUGAUACAGAAGGCAUCCUGGAACACAGAGAAAGCAAAGCAAUCUCACAGCGCAUGUCACUUGUCAGAGAAGUUCCCGACAAGGCGGCCCCUCUUGCUGUGUGUCUUCAGGGUUCCGGAAACACCAGUGUUGUGGCGAUCGCCGAGGGUGUCCCCAAGAACCGCCGCCCUUGAGCUGCAGAGUGUCAGGUCACCUCCGUGCUCCCUGGACGCACAGGGAGGGGGCUGCAGGGCCCCCCACUCCCACGGGCUCAUCCUCAGUGCCUCUUCUCUGAGAGUCCUGUAGACGUUACAUGAAUUCGUUGGAGAUACGAGUUGGGGUGUUUUUUUUUUUUUUGUGGGAGGGUGGUAGGGGGAGAAAAAUAUAUAUAUAAAUAUAUAGAUAUAUAUCAGUAUAGAGUAAUGCAUUCAUAAAAUGAGGCUUUUCUAGAGGAAGACCAAAAAGAUUCAAUGUCUUAAACCUAUAUUUAAUCGCAAUGCAAACGUCUUUCUCCUUCCAUGCUGACCUUUCAGAACAGAGGAUUGUAUCGCAAGACAAAGUUGAAUGUAAUGUGGCCGCCCUGGACGUUGCUCGUCUCACGCUUCUGGAAUCACACAGCGCAACCCGUGCACAGACCGUCUGAUGUUGGUUUGAAGGUCAUUUUCAGCGUGUAAUAUAGAGAGACUUUAUGGAAAAGAUGUAUAAAGUGUCCUAAAGUUUUGGUUUAGUUCUGGGACUCGGGAUGGAUGGAGUCGCUAUGGGAACCGCCCCUCCCCGCAGGACUGGUUGUGGACAAUGCCGGAUGCAGCGUCAGACUCCCCUCCCCGCGUGGUCCUGCCACCCUCCCCGUGGUCAUGUUCCUCUUGCCGCUUCAAACGAGCGACAUAAAAAAGUUGAUAAUAUACUAAAUUUUCUUCUGUACAUUUCAAAAAAAUUUAAAAAAAGGCAUAUGCAAUAUUUACAUUUUAAAUUUAGUUUACAGAAUGGAACCAAAAUGUAUAAAUGUUAUGUUUGUUAAAACUUCACAAUGUAUAUUGGGUCUUUGUACAUUUUGCCUGACUUACCUUAAAUUUAAAAUAUUUUUUGCUAUAUAAACUCUAACAGUUAGGACACAGUGUUUUCUUUUCGGGGGUACGCAUUGUUUCUGGAGCUCGAGAUGUUAAAUAUAUUUCCUGCUAUCGUGACAUGACGAAAGACUGACCUCUGCUGUCUUCCACCACCUCCGCUGUACAUAAGGACCGACAUGGCACCGGACUCCACGGAACUAGACUAGUGCAUUGUAUUCAGUCUGUAUUGAUCAUGGAUGCUCUCCUUAAUAGCCAUAUGCAAUACAAUAAAAUGCAUUAUUUAUGAAAUGAA